GCCGAGGGACCGUAGGAAGAGCCCGCUUCGGGGGGGCCUACGCCACGCGCUGGUGGCGGGAGAGGAGACGAGGCCCAACGCAUGCCGAGCACUCCAGGCGGCCCGAGACCGCUGGAGGGGGCGCCUCUCGGGCGGCCCCCCCUGGCGGGGCAGCCGCGGCGUCCCUCCACCCCAGCCCCGUAGUAUCCUCGUCUCGUGCGUUCACCCCAUCGGUGCAUGCGGCGCGCCGCCCGCGUGGCGGUGCUACUGCUGGCGCUGCGGCCCCGCGGCGCCAACCCGGCUGCCGCCCAGCCGCCGCCUGGCCUCCUGGAACUGGAGGUCACUGGCGCCGGGCGCGUGCUGGGCGCCGCCGUGCCAGGCGGCGCGGCGGGCGCGGCUCUGGCAGGGGCGCCCGCGGGCCCGCCGGGGAGGGCGAGGUUGGCGAGGCGGCAGCUGGUGCGCGUUGCCGUGGUGGGCGGGGGGCCGGCGGGGGCCGCCUCGGCGUUGCUGCUGGCGGGCGUGGGCGGGCUGCGGGUGGACGCGUUCGAGCGGCACAGCGUGAGGGAGUGCUGGGAGCGCCGGGGCUACUGGGUGUCGCAGCUGGAUCAGCAAGACGUGCUCGCGUUAGGGCUGCGGCCGGGCGAGCAGCGUGCGCUGGCCGCGGAUUGCGACGCGACCAUCAAGGCCAUCCCGUACUGCAGGCUGGGGGAGCGGUUGCUGGGGCUGGCGCAGAGGCGCAGCGGGGGCGAGGGCUUCGCGCUGCACCGGCCCGCGGACUUCCUCGCCAGCGACGCCCGGCGCUUCGAUUGGGUCCUCCUCGCGGACGGUGCGGGCUCGCCCCUGCGCGAGCGCCUGCUGCCCUCGACUCCGCAGCUGCUGACGCCGUUGAAGUCGGCCGCCGCCGUGUUCUACCCGGACUUCCCGGACGUCAGGGGCCUCGACGCCCGCCUUGUGGCCGCGCUCAAGAAGUACCGCUGCUUCUGGCAGACCGACGGCGACGAGCGGCACGGCAGGCGAAUGGUGUUGUUGCCCCACUUGCGGCGGAAGAAGUCCCGCAGGACCCUGUACAUGUGGUUCUCGCCCCGCCGGCCCGUCCCCGAGGAACUCUACGGCCAGUGGUCGGUGCGCGAUUUCCUGCGGCGGGCCCCCUCUGGGGCCGAGGACUUGCUGCACGACGUAGCGCUGCUGGACAGGCAGGCCCGCCGGGCGUCCCCCGGGGCGCGCGGCUUCGUCUCGCUGUACCGCAUGCGCGAGGCUGCGUACGCGGAGGCGGCGGGCGCGGAGGCGCACGGCGCACGGCUGCUGCUCGUCGGCGAGGCCGCGUGGGCGCGCGACGCGCCUUUCGACGGCCAGAGUAUUCCGCAGGCUCUACGGCAGGCCGCCGCGGCCGCCGCCGCCGUGAAGGCGGGAGACCCGAGCUCCUACCAGCAGCUGAUCGGCCAGAAGCUCGCCGAGCGGAGCAGGGAGCUGGCGCUCCUGAGGCGCGACGCUGACCGCGGCGCGCUGGUCCGCCACAUCGACGGCGGCGACGGCGGCGAGGAGCCCUCCGACGACGCUGACGGGAAGGGCGCCGCCUGACCCACUCCUGCCCGCCGGCCUGGGCCCUGCAGCGGCGGCGGCGCAGCGGGGAUCAGGGGUAGCGCAGGGUGGUGUCGCUUCAGUUCUGGUCCUCUGCCGCGCGGCCGCCAGUUUUCCGGCCGGAGCCCCAGCCGCAGUCCCGCUCUUCGGGAAGCGUGCGUCUGGUCGGAGC